CCGGCGGAUAAAGUCAACGAUAUCCGCUUUGAGCGAGUUCACCGAAUCUCCACUAAUAUAUCUAGUCUAAGAGCUCCGUCCUAUCCCAAACCAAUUAUUGCUCGUUUCAGUCAUUAUCAGGACAAAGAAUAUGUUCGCUCCUUGUAUAAGAACUUAAAAGGAACCAACAUCGGUUUCUCAGAUGAUUUCCCGAAAGAAAUUGAAGAAAUUCAUAGAAAACUUUAUCCAGUGCUUAAAAAGGCCAAGCAGGAUAAGCAAAAAGCCUUCUUUAAUUUUGAUAAAUUGAUAAUCAAUGGCCAAAUAUACAGAGGAAAAGAAACUAAAGACCUUCCCUAUUAUUGUAAAAUGGCAAAAAAUUAUUAA